UAUAUCGAUAGUAAGUAGAUUUACUCAAGAAGGGUUCGGAAGAUAAUUAUUGACGGACACAGUUCCGUGACAGGAAGUUGCAGCAUGAAGAAGAAGCAAGUUGCUCACUGUCAAUUUUCCGUUUGGUAUCCGAUAUUUAAGCAACAUACAAUUAAAAGUCUGAUUCUUCCACUGCCUCAAAAUGUAACAGAUUAUUUACUGGACGAUGGGACGCUGGUAGUUUCUGGGAGUGAUCACAUUGCACAGCAGCCCCAUAUUAACAACGAUUCCGAUGCUGAGGAAGAUAUUCAGUGGUCAGAUGAUGAAACAACUACCACAGUCACAGCUCCUGAGUUCCCAGAAUUCACAGCCAAAGUGCUGGAGGCGAUAAAUGCUCUGGGUGGUCGUGUUUUCCCCAAACUCAACUGGAGUGCACCAAGGGACGCCAACUGGAUUGCACUUAACAGCUCUCUGCAGUGUCAGAGCCUAAGCGAAAUAUUUCUCCUCUUCAAAAGCUCCGACUUCAUCACCCAUGACCUCACGCAGCCAUUUCUUCACUGCAAUGACCAGGAUUCGCCUGAUCCUAUCAUCAAUUAUGAGCUUGUCCUGAGAAAGUGGAGCGAGCUGAUCCCUGGCGGAGAGUUCCGCUGCUUUGUUAAGGAAAAUAAACUGAUAGCGAUCAGCCAAAGAGACUACACUCAGUAUUAUCCGCACAUCUUGAAGCAAGAGGAGUCCAUUGUUCAUGCUAUCCACCACUUCUUUAACCAGCACAUCCAGUACAACUUCUUGGAUGAGGACUUUGUGUUGGAUGUCUAUAGAGAUAGCCAGGGGAGAGUGUGGGUCAUUGAUCUGAACCCGUUCGGGGAGGUCACUGACUCCCUUCUGUUCAGCUGGGAGGAGCUGACGUCCGGCGGGGAAGUGGCCCGGCAGCAGGACGAGCCGGAUUUCCGCUACACCGCUAGCGAGGUGACGGUGCAGCCCAGCCCCUGCCUGAGCUACCGAAUCCCACGUGACUUUGUGGAUCUGUCAACUGGAGAGGACGCUUACAAACUCAUCGACUUCCUCAAGCUGCAGAAAAGCCAACAGGAGGACGAAGAGGACGAGGAACCUCCGCCGUGACUUUCAAGUUCCCUGCACGAUGUGACUCGACACCCCGCCCCACCCCUCAGGUGUCCUGAUGCAAUCAAAUCUGGACAUAAGAGAAAAUUGUUACGGUUGUAGCUCACGUGUUAUGUUUAGCCUCGGUUCCUUUUCAUCUUAAAUCCCGUCUGCCUUUCUACCGCCCAAACCCAGCAGGACCUUCUCAACCCCUGAGCAAACUUCUUUAUUUAACACUAAAGCUCUUGAUCACCCAGUCACCUUUAAUGCUUCUUUGCCGCCGCCGCCCUCCCGUUCGUCUCAACUAAUUUAGUCUGAGCACUCCUGACAAACUCAUUGCCUCCAUCCUUCAGCCCCCCCAGUGUGUGCGGUUUUCCCAUCAUGCAUCUCUGUAGACCGCAACCCUACGGACCCCCCCAUUAAACUUGUUGUCACAUAUCGA